CCUUGCAGAGCGACUAACUGCAUCCUUAGUACGGCUGAUGCAUCCAGCCUGGAACCUUUUUGCCCUUGAGGAAUAAGGGAAGAGAGGGGGUGGCCAUUACAGAAUGACCUUGCACUGAGUCUUUCUGGAAGAAGCAAGAACUAACCAGCAGUCCCUCAAUGUGCAUCAUUCUGUUCAAAUUUGACCCUCGACCAGCUUCCAAAAAUGCCUACAGGCUUAUUCUAGCAGCUAAUAGAGAUGAAUUUUACCAUAGACCAUCCAAGUCAGCAGAUUUUUGGGACAGCAGCAAUGAAAUCCUUAGUGGUCUGGAUAUGGAGGAAGGAAAAGAAGGUGGGACAUGGCUAGGAAUCAGUAAGAAAGGCAAGAUGGCAGCCCUGACAAACUAUAUGCAGCCAAAGAUUGACAAAAAUGCAAAAGGAAGAGGUGCUCUUGUAGCAAACUUCUUGACUUCAGAUCUGGACAGCUAUUCUUACUUGAAGAACGUUUCAGUAGAAGGACAUCUUUACAAUGGAUUUAACUUAUUAGCAGCUGACUUGAAUACUACCAAAGGAGAUGUAAUUUGCUACUAUGGAAACAGAGGAGAACCAGAGCCUGUUUUCUUAAAGCCUGGAACAUAUGGAUUGAGUAAUUCUUUGUUGGAUACACCAUGGAAGAAACUUCAGUAUGGGAAGCAGCUUUUCACAGAAGUGAUCAAGAGAAGUCAAGACCUUACUAAAGAAGACUUGGUGCAGGAGCUCCUUACAGUGAUGAAUAAUCAAGAGCCUCAAUUACCAGAUCCAGCAAUUGAAGACCAAGGGAUGGAUUACAUACGUCCUUUAUUAAACAAAUAUGCAGCUGUGUGUGUUCGAUGCCCUGGAUAUGGAACAAGGACUAACACAGUCAUUCUCAUUGAUUCAGAAGGAGAGGUCACUUUCACCGAGCGCACCAUGAUCAAUGCAGAUGUCAACCAGUGGAAAACAAGCACCUAUGAGUUCAAGCUACAGAUUUAACGUACAUUUGAAUGGAGUGUAAUAAAAGCAAUGACAGAACAAGCCAUUAAACUCCCACAAAUGUUUUCUGCCAGACUCCAGAGCGCAAAAAAGAGCAAGGAAAACAAAAGCUUUAUUUAAACUAGUAGCACACCCUAUCAGGUUCCCAAAUACUGUGGGUAAAACCAAGAAGAAAACUUUUUACACUGCCUACUGACUUCCAUAAAAUAUUUCUGAAUGUGCAACUUCUUGAUUUAGUUUCCUAGCUCAAAAUCAUAUGUACUAAUGAAAAGCAUGAGUGUUGAUACUUCCGUGUCUAAUUUAGUUGCAUUCUUGUAUGUCAUUAAUGUUUUCUUACUUCAACUGUAGCUGAAGAUAUAUGUAGCUUCUUGGAGAACUCAUGUUAAACUAUAUUUCAGAAUGUAUUCUGUCUAAAAAUCACUGAUCUUGCUUUUGCACAUAGGAAAUCAGAUGGACAAUUCUAUACAGACAUUUCUAAUUACUUGGUCUACUGAAACACCCAUACGAUAAGGUGUCUUGAAUCAGUGUUGAGAAGUCGUGGUGGGGAAAAGGGUCAGAAAGGACCAUGAGCCAGUGUUUGACCUUGGGGAAGAGAAAGAUUCCUUUCUCCUAUAAAUAGUAAAGCAACAUUUUCUUCUAAAAUUUGAUUUGAAAAGAUAUGAAAUUGAAGUUCUGUCCAGUUUUAUUCAGUAGAAACUAAACAAUUAUAGAAAUAGAUUGGUUUCUUUUUGAAAGGAAUAAAGUGGUCUAUAUUGCGACAUUUUGGGUUUUGGUAGUCUUACUAGCAAUAUUAACUUUCUUUUUUUCUCCCCCAGCAGGCAAAUAAUUGGGCUUUUUCCAUAAGUGUGUACCUCUCACUUUUUUCUUCAUUGGUAUAAUAAAUCAAAAUCUGGAGUGACUGCUUUCUUUAGUAAAACAGGCUUGUUGUAAAGUUACAUUAUUGCUGAAAAAAAGUUGGGAUUCAGAUGUACUUCCUAUGUUCUAACAGCUGUUACAAAACACAGCUGUUUUGUAAAUGGAUGCUUUUAAUAAUUAUUUAAUGCUAGUGGUAGGUAAUAGACUGUAGCUAAUAUCAAGUUAUCUUAACCUAAGUUGUUUUGCUACUAUUAUUCUAUUUUGCCUUAUUUUUAGUGCAAAUUCUUAAAAUGAUAAUAGAUUGUGGUUAUUUUCUAUCCUAUUUGCUGAAUAUAUUUUUCUACAGUUCUCUGAUUAUGAAGUAAUGAUUAUGAAGUAGCAUCAUAUUUGAUGCAAUGUACAAAGAUGUGCAGCUUUUUCUGUACUGAAGUCUCUUCUAGCCUCCUUGCACCUUGCUGUUGUGACACUGAUUGCGCUUCCCAGUGAGGUAAGGGAAUGCUGUGAAAGGCCAUUUCUGGGUUUCUAAGUGCCAGGGGAUACCAAAGCACUGUCCAUAAAUGAUUUCUCUUAUAUAUUGAAGUAACUUGUAGGUACCAGAACUACUUCUGUGUCUAGGUGCUGGCAGUUAAGUGCUUCUUUGAUUCAAGGUUGUAUAUUUUUGAGCACCUUGAUUCUGAGACUGAAUAGAGGGAUAUGCCUGGUUUAAAACUAGGACACACUCUGAGUGGUAGUAAAUAAUCUCUUACUGUUAACAGUGUUUGUAUGAAUAAAAGCUGUUAAUGAGUUGCAAAGAAAUAGCUAUUGCUG